AUGGGAGCCCGAGGCGAAGGAAACUCUCGAAGGGGCUUCAAAAUCUGCUGUGGUGUCACUAUCAUUUUCUUCAUUAUGAUUUUGGUGGUUCUUGUUGUUUUAUUCAUCACAAUCUUUAAGCUUAAAGAACCCAAAAUUGUCACCCAGCCUGUUAGCCUACAAAACUUGGAGCUCCAAGUCUUUCCUGUGAUAAGGCUAAAUAUAUCACUUGGCAUAUUGAUCACGGUGAACAAUCCCAACUAUGGCAGCUUUGCACACCAAGAGACCACAUCACAUGUCAAAUAUCAUGGCCAUGUCGUUGCUGAAGCAGAAAUCGAAGAAGACACAAUCCCGGCUCACCGGAAACAUAAUAUAAGCACAACAGCAAAGAUUUUUGCAGAUGAACUUAUAUCUGAUGAGAAUUUCUUGGGUGACUAUUUUAAUGGGGUAUUGAAUUUUACUGCCUCAACAACUCUGCAUGGGAAGGUGCACUUGCUCAAAUUCUUCAAGUUGAAGGCCACCAGUUACAGCACUUAUGAUGUGGUAGACCUGCUUAGGUGUCACCACGUGGUAGAUGAGCUGGCUGCUAAUGUGGCUCAACUUGGCUCGCUGCUCGGCUCAGUGGCGCACAAGAGGCACAUGGGAAGUUGA